UUGGAGCCGCCUACGGAACAGCACAGGAACCGGUCGAGAUCCCCUGCAAAGGCAUCACCAACAUAUCCGGCAAACAGGUCCGCUUCUGUCUGAAGAACCAGGAUAAGAUGCCGACGGUCGCAGAGGGCGCCUAUCACGGUAUCGAGGAGUGCCAGUUCCAGUUCCGAGGGAGAAGAUGGAACUGCACCACGAUCGACGGUGACCAGUCCGUGUUUGGCCGCGUGCUGGACAGGGCGUCGAGGGAGACGGCCUUCGUCAAUGCCAUCCUUGCCGCGGGCGUGACCCACGCUGUCACGCGGGCAUGCUCACGCGGUGACUACCUGGAAUGCGGCUGUGACCGUACCCACCGUGGUCCACCGGGCGGUCGGAUCGGCAUCGUACCGAACUCAACCUGGCGAUGGGGCGGCUGCAGCGAGGAGGUUUGGUACUCCAUGGAGCUGACGAAGGACUUCCUGAAGCCGACCGCUGCCAAGAGAGCGAGGACAAAGAUGGACCGUCAUAAUACGGAUGCAGGAAGAAAUGCUGUCCUCCAUAACAUGGAACUACGUUGCAAAUGCCACGGUGUCUCCGGAAGCUGUGAACUCAAGACCUGCUGGUGGGAGAUGGCCCCAUUUAGGAAACUCGGGGACGCCCUCAAGACCAAGUACGACAUGGCUGCAGAGAUGGCCGUCGAACGACAACGGAAAGGUCGAACCUUCGUCGAAGAGCUGGCCCCUCGCUACGACGACUUCAAGGAACCGACGACCAACGAUCUCAUCUAUUACGAUCAGUCACCCGAUUACUGUACUUUCGACCAGGAGGUAGGAUCGUUUGGGACGCAAGGCAGAGAGUGUAACCGGACCUCGCACGGCAUUGACGGAUGCGAGCUGCUCUGCUGCGGCCGCGGUCACAACACGAUGACAGUGGUGAGGAGAGAAAGGUGCGACUGUGUCUUCGUCUGGUGUUGCAAAGUUGUCUGCAAAGAGUGUGUUCGGGUUAUCGACGUCCACACUUGUAAAUAACGAGAUAACAUGAACAAAUAAGGACAUAUAGACUGACCAUUAUAGGGUUAAAGACACUGACGAUCCAGGAUUGAGAGUUUUAACUUUUGAUAAUUUUGCAGCGGAUUCUAUCGACCAACCACCGAACCGUCAUUCGAGCGAACAAACGCUUACGGUAUUCGAACUAUCCCGCCAAUUGUAAUUGCAUUUCAAGGUAUAUUACUUUUUUUGUAAUAUGUAAAGUUUCUAUUGCUGGAGACAAGCUGUAUAUGAGAAAUGUGUUCCACAUUCAAGUAGAAUAUAUUGAAGAUGGAUCUCAAACAUUGCCAUAAUCGCUGGGUUUUAUAUUUGUGAUAUUUGGCACAAUUAAACUUAAUAUUUAACAUCAUUUACAAAUAUGCAAACAAAUUAUGGGAAGCAGUGAACGUAUCAUUUAAUCUUUCUUUUCUUCAAAAUAUUGGAUCGAGUAAUACGUUAAUACUUUCGUUAAGGUAUACUGAAUCCCCUUGACGAAUUUGUUUGAACCAAACCACAGAAUGAGAACAUGCUGCCGAUAGGUGGCGCUACUUCAAGCUGCUGAAGGGUGGCAUGAAUUUUUACUUUGAGAUGAGAAUUCAGACUUUUUCAUAGAAAAAAUAUAUAUUGAUUUCUACUUGAAUUUGUAAUUGCAUCAAUCUACGCAAUUUUAGGCUAGCAGUAUUAUGUUAGUGUAUUAGUGAGGGGGAGGAUAAAAUGACAUAGAUAAUUCUGUUUAAGGUGUAGCAUUUAUUGUUACAUUUAAUUCUACUAAUAUGCACAUCAGUAUUACCCGUUAAAUCAGAUAAUUGUAUUUUAUCGAGCCUUUAAAAAAAAUGUUAAAUCAACGUUUUCACUUUACAAGUUAGGUUUAUAUGUUAAGCAAAUAACUACCGUUGGUGAAGGUGAUGGGACAAACUAUCACUUCCGAGGCGAUCUGGAUGUAGCUAUCUUUCCGAAGCGAAGCUGAGGAAAGAUAGCGUGUACAUUCUGAUCGACGAGGAAGUGAUAGUUUGCCAUCCUGAAACCAAAAGGUGAUUAUUUGCUUUAUAUUCCACAUCUAAAACAAUUUAACUACAAAAGGAAAAGCACGUGUAUGCAUCUACAUAAAAGACACCAUGCCCAAAUUCACACCAAAAAAGUUAAACAGUUUAACCCAACAACCCCUUUAGGGUUAGGGUACGGUGCGCACAUGUGUUUGUUUUAAUUGCGCUCAUUCGUAAUGCGCACUUAAUUACGCCUGUUUUAGUGCGCUUUUGGAUAAUCUUCAGUGAAAGUGUAUUGCCCUU